UUGAAGCGCAGUCAGAAGAACGCCAAGGUGGAGGGCCCAGAGCCAGUGCCUGCUGAGGCCUCGCUGAGUGCUGAGCAGGGGACGAUGACGGAGGUGAAGGUGAAAACGGAACUACCGGACGACUACAUACAGGAGGUCAUCUGGCAGGGCGAGGCCAAGGAGGAGAAGAAGGCGGUUGGCAAGGAUGGACCUGGCGACGUGCCUGCCGAGAUCUGCGUGGUGAUCGGUGGCGUCCGCAACCAGCAGACCCUGGGGUCCUAUGAAUGUGCGAUCUGCGGCAAGAAGUACAAGUACUACAACUGCUUCCAGACCCACGUGCGGGCGCACCGAGAUACCGAAGCCACCUCAGGGGAGGGAGCCUCCCAGAGCAACAAUUUCAGGUAUACCUGUGACAUCUGUGGAAAGAAAUACAAAUACUACAGCUGCUUCCAGGAACACCGAGAUCUCCAUGCUGUGGAUGUGUUCAGUGUGGAAGGGGCUCCCGAGAAUCGGGCAGACCCCUUUGACCAAGGUGUUGUGGCCACGGAUGAGGUGAAGGAGGAGCCUCCGGAGCCUUUCCAGAAAAUUGGACCAAAAACCGGCAAUUACACCUGUGAGUUCUGUGGGAAGCAGUACAAGUACUACACGCCCUACCAGGAGCACGUCGCCUUACAUGCGCCCAUCAGUACCGCCCCCGGGUGGGAGCCGCCGGAAGAUCCAGACACGGGUUCUGAGUGUUCCCAUCCAGAGGUCACCCCAUCUCCACGCUUCGUGGCAGCGAAGACCCAAACGAACCAGUCGGGGAAAAAAGCUCCAGCCUCCGUGGUCCGAUGUACCACCCUCUUACACCGCACCCCUCCAGCUACCCAAACUCAGACGUUCCGAACUCCAAACUCGGGAUCUCCAGCAAGCAAGGCAACCGCAGAAAGCACCUUCAGUCGGCGAGUAGAAGGCAAAGCACAGAACCACUUUGAGGAGACCAACAGCAGCUCACAGAAUUCCAGUGAACCCUACACGUGCGGCGCCUGUGGGAUUCAGUUUCAGUUCUACAGCAACCUGCUGGAGCACAUGCAGUCCCAUGCAGCUGACAGUGAAAACAACAUUGCCUCCAACCAGUCCCGAUCUCCACCUGCUGCAGUGGAAGAGAAGUGGAAACCCCAGGCCCAGAGGAACAGUGCCAACAACACCACAACUAGUGGUUUGACACCCAACAGUGUAAUCCCCGAGAAGGAGCGGCAGAACAUCGCAGAACGGCUGCUGCGGGUCAUGUGUGCUGACCUGGGUGCACUGAGCGUGGUCAGUGGGAAGGAGUUCCUCAAGUUGGCCCAAACCCUGGUAGACAGUGGCGCCCGCUAUGGGGCCUUCUCCGUCACCGAGAUCCUGGGCAACUUUAACACAUUAGCACUGAAGCACCUGCCACGCAUGUACAACCAGGUGAAGGUGAAGGUGACAUGUGCCCUGGGCAGCAAUGCCUGCCUGGGCAUCGGUGUUACAUGCCACUCUCAGAGUGUGGGCCCUGACUCCUGCUACAUCCUUACAGCCUACCAGGCUGAGGGCAACCACAUCAAGAGUUAUGUGCUAGGUGUGAAGGGUGCAGACAUCCGUGAGAGUGGUGACUUGGUGCAUCACUGGGUGCAGAACGUGCUGUCAGAGUUUGUGAUGUCAGAGAUCCGGACCGUGUAUGUCACCGACUGCCGGGUGAGCACAUCCGCCUUCUCCAAGGCUGGCAUGUGCCUCCGCUGCUCAGCCUGUGCCUUGAACUCAGUGGUGCAGAGUGUGCUGAGCAAGCGGACGCUGCAGGCCCGCAGCAUGCACGAGGUCAUCGAGCUGCUCAAUGUGUGUGAGGACCUAGCAGGCUCUACGGGCCUGGCCAAGGAGACCUUUGGCUCUCUGGAGGAGACAUCGCCACCACCCUGCUGGAACUCAGUGACAGACUCGCUGCUUCUGGUACAUGAGCGCUAUGAGCAGAUCUGCGAGUUCUACAGCCGUGCCAAGAAAAUGAACCUCAUCCAGAGCCUCAACAAGCACUUGCUGAGCAACCUGGCCGCCAUCCUGACACCUGUGAAGCAGGCGGUCAUUGAGCUCAGUAAUGAGAGCCAGCCCACCCUGCAGCUGGUGCUGCCCACCUACGUCCGGCUAGAGAAGCUGUUCACAGCCAAAGCCAACGACGCAGGCACGGUCAGCAAGCUGUGCCAUCUCUUUCUAGAAGCACUCAAGGAGAACUUCAAGGUGCACCCAGCCCACAAGGUGGCCAUGAUCCUGGAUCCUCAGCAGAAGCUUCGGCCAGUGCCACCCUAUCAGCAUGAGGAGAUCAUCAGCAAGGUGUGUGAGCUCAUCAAUGAGGUGAAGGAGUCCUGGGCUGAGGAGGCCGACUUUGAGCCUGCCACUAAGAAGGCACGUUCAGCCACCGGCGAGCACCCCACAGCUCAGGAAGAUGACCGGCUGGGCAAGAAUGAAGUAUAUGACUACCUUCAGGAACCCCUCUUCCAGGCCACUCCCGACCUCUUCCAGUACUGGUCAUGUGUGACCCAAAAGCACACGAAACUUGCCAAGCUCGCCUUCUGGCUCCUGGCUGUUCCUGCUGUGGGGGCUCGAAGCGGGUGUGUAAAUAUGUGUGAACAAGCACUUCUGAUCAAAAGGAGGCGACUGCUCAGCCCGGAAGACAUGAACAAGCUCAUGUUUUUGAAAUCUAACAUGCUUUAAGACUCAACUUUGGGGAACAACAAACAAACAAACAAAAAGACGAAAAGAAGAAAAAACAUUAGGAAAACACACACAACACUGUCACAAAGAAAUUUAAGUUCUAAACACUGUGGAACCUCAUUGUAAAUGCCCCCUGGAAACUUAAGUGCUUUUUUUUCAGUGUGUGUGUAUGUUUGUGUGUGUGUAUAUUUGUGUGUGUGUGUG